UCUGACCCUGAUGGGUUCAUAACUUUGCAGCUUCUCGUCGCCACGCUAGCAGGAGUGUUUUUGAAGUCUGACCCGGAGCAGCGGUGGUUUGUUACUUUUAGUUUGUGUCUUAUUUUUAUUGUAUUUUUUUUUUAGAAAAUGAGCAUCAAUGCAGACAAACACACAGACUCAUACAGUGGAAUAAACGCCGGAGACACAGAACGCAACGAGACUUCACCUUUAUUAGGAAAUGGAUCAGUGCAGACCAGAUCUAAAGGAGCCUCCUUCACCUCCUCUGUGUUUAACCUGAUGAAUGCCAUCAUGGGCAGCGGUAUACUGGGUCUAGCUUAUGCCAUGGCUAACACUGGAAUAGUUGGUUUUUGUAUCCUGUUGGUAGUAGUUUCCAGCCUGGCAGCGUACUCUAUACAUCUCCUUCUGAAGCUAUGUGACCAAACAGGUAUUAACUCAUAUGAAGGACUUGGCGAGAGAGCCUUACAAAAACCAGGAAAGGUGCUGGUUGGAAUUGCUGUUCUCAUCCAAAACAUUGGUGCCAUGUCUUCCUAUCUGUUCAUCUUGAAGUCCGAGCUCCCUGCAGCCAUCAACAGCUUCUUGAGCUCACACGGCACAGGGGAUGCCUGGUAUCAAGACGGCAGGGUGCUUCUGAUCCUCGUCUCACUUUGUAUUAUUCUACCUCUGUCUAUGUCACCUAAAAUAGGCUUUCUUGGCUACACCAGUGGUAUUGCCUUCUUAUUCAUGCUGUACUUUGCAAUUGUGGUUGUGGUGAAGAAAUGGGCUAUCCCCUGCCCACUGCCUCGCAAUAUGACCACACUUGCAGAUACAUUCCGGGCAUCAAAUUCUUCUGGCACAGAAUGCACACCAAAGCUUUUUGUCAUCUCCAGUAAGAGUGCCUACGCCAUCCCCACCAUGGCCUUCUCCUUCCUGUGCCACACAACCAUCCUGCCAAUUUACUGCGAACUGGACCGACCCACUAAGAAGAGGAUGCAGAACGUUACAAAUGUCAGCAUCAGCCUCACACUCCUGCUUUACCUCAUCUCUGCACUCUUUGGCUACCUCACUUUCUACGCUCAUGUAGACUCUCAGCUCUUGCUCAGCUACGACACAUACUUGCAUCAUGACAUCAUGGUGAUGACAGUCCGACUGGCCAUCCUGCUCUCCGUGUUGCUUACCGUGCCGCUCAUUCAAUUCCCUGCACGUAAAGCUGUGAUCUUGCUCCUGCGGGGAGAUCGACCCUUCUCCUGGCUGAUCCACAUCAUCACGACUCUAAUCAUUCUGGGUGUUGUCCUGCUGAUGGCUGUCUUUGUGCCAGAUAUCAGAGAAGUGUUUGGAGUAGUGGGAUCAACCACAUCCAGCUGCCUGCUGUUUGUCUUCCCUGGCAUUUUCUACCUCAAGAUCAGCGGCCGACCCCUCAAAACCUUUGAUUCCAUUGGGGCUCUUUUCCUGGUGGUCUUCGGUUUGAUCAUGGGUAUCAUCAGCCUCUCUGUCAUUGUCAUCACAUUGGCAAGGAGCUCCUGACCCCCCCCCCCCCCCCCCAAAACUGCGCACUAAAGAAAAGAAAGGGAAAAUUGUGCCACGUAUUCUCAGUACUGUAUAAAGAAAGGAACUAGCCAGAUUCUAAUCAGCAUCACCUCGGGCAGUUUGUUUAUGGGGACGUUUUUCUCAACACUAAAAGGGUUUUUUUUCACUGCCUUUAUCUCACUAUUGUACCAAAAUCGACUCGUAUGAGCUGUUGGGAAAAUGCAAUGCACACUUCAAAGAAAUCAGCUUUUUCUUCUUUAUCUUGCUAGGGAAUGAGAUAGGAGAGGUUUAAUGCACAGCAAUGCAAGAACGGGUCAUGAGUCAGUAACUUCCUUCUAUGUAUGUUGUUUUUAAAUAUUUUUCCAUUUUAACCUUCUGACAGACUUCGUACUGCCCCAUGUGGAUGAUCAUUCACUUUAUGUAGAUCAGUCUGAUUUUAUUUGAGAAAGCUGCUGAUCAAGUCUGAACCAUAAAUGCACAAGGUUUACCACUUCAAAUUAUGUUUACGUCAAAUCUUCCACCAGUGAGUCAUUUGACUCCUGGAAUAAGGGCAAAGUGUUUUUUCAUUUUACUUUAUUGUUUGUUUGAUUUUUAUUCUAAGCUUGCUACUAUAUUGUUGAACUUUAAUGAAUGUGACAAAAGUGAUUUUUAAACUGAUCAGGUUGUGUUUGGACCAGUAAAUUGUAAAAUACUCCACCUGGUUGUGUUGUACAAACUGUUGAUGUUCAACUUGUAAUUACCUCCAUUUAAUAAAAGGGAAAUGCUUUAUAUACUGGCUUG